UAGAGUAAACGUACCGGUGUUGUUUACGUGUUGUCUUGUUGAGUUGUCAGUUUAGAAUAAGUAGCUCGAAGAGCAAAUUUUUGUACAAAUAUUGGUUUUAAAUAGUUUAGGAGUGUAACUUUCUUUGAGAUAUGGUUGUAUAUUUGCUAGAUAAUAUAUUUUAGUAAGUUUACUCAGGGUCGCGGACAGUCAUCCUUUCAAUUUACUCAAAUUUUCAAUGAAAAUUAUUUCUAGUACAUAAAUAGGUAAUAAAAAUAAAAAUGAGUUUGCCGUGCGGAAGGAAAUCUAGGACUAUUAUUUUUGGUAUCUUGGUAUUGUCAAUAUUAUAUUUAUUAAUGUCAUACCAAAAGGAUCCAUAUGAUACUGCUGGCCCCAUUGCACAAAGGUUAUCACAGGCCAAGCUUCCUAAAUUAGUUACAGGCCUAGGAAAUUUUGAGCCUAAAGAUGUCGAAGAACGAGAAGGACCUGGUGAGAAUGGUCAACCCCAUCAUCUACAAGAAGAGCAGCAGAAUGAUGCAGAUCAGUCAGAAUCUGAGUAUGGAAUGAAUGUGGCUUGCUCAGAUGAAAUAUCACUGGAUCGUUCUAUAUUGGAUACCAGACUAGAGGAAUGCAAACAUUGGGACUACCCUGAAGAACUGCCUAGCACUAGUGUAAUCAUAGUUUUCCACAAUGAAGGCUUAUCAGUACUGAUGAGAACUGUUCAUUCUGUAAUAAACCGAUCUCCUCCAAACGCUUUGAAGGAAAUCUUGUUGGUAGAUGACUUUAGUGAUAAAGAAAAUUUGAAAUCAAAACUCGAAAGCAAUAUUAAUGAAUUUAAAGGGAAAAUUAGACUUAUUAGGAAUAGCCAAAGGGAGGGCUUGAUUAGAACCAGGUCGAGAGGAGCUCAAGAGGCCAGAGGAGAAGUUAUUGUGUUUCUAGAUGCUCACUGUGAAGUAAACACAAACUGGUUGCCCCCACUUCUCGCCCCUAUACUUAGAGACCACAGAACGAUGACAGUGCCCGUUAUAGACGGCAUCGACCACAAGACCUUCGAAUACCGUCCAGUAUACGGAGAAGAUCGACAUUUUAGGGGCAUAUUCGAAUGGGGAAUGUUGUACAAAGAAAACGAAGUGCCUCAUAGGGAAUUGAAGACGAGAAAGCACAACAGCGAACCGUACAAGAGUCCUACUCAUGCUGGAGGAUUAUUCGCUAUUAAUAGAGAGUACUUUUUGGAAUUGGGAGCUUACGAUUCAGGUUUGUUGGUUUGGGGUGGGGAAAACUUUGAGUUAAGUUUUAAGAUUUGGCAGUGCGGAGGUAGCAUAGAAUGGGUUCCAUGUUCCAGAGUAGGUCACGUUUAUCGAAGUUUUAUGCCUUAUAAUUUCGGAAAAUUGGCACAGAAAAAGAAGGGGCCUCUAAUAACAAUCAAUUACAAGAGAGUGAUAGAGACUUGGUUUGAUUCUGACUAUAAAGAAUAUUUCUAUACAAGAGAGCCAAUGGCAAAAUAUUUGGAUAUGGGAAACAUAGAUGACCAAUUGGCACUAAAAAAUCGUUUGGGCUGUCACAGCUUCCAGUGGUAUAUGGAAAAUGUGGCCUAUGAUGUGCUGGAUAAAUAUCCAGUACCACCGCCUAAUGUACACUUUGGAGAGUUAAGAUCUGUCGCAGCAUCCAAAUGUUUAGAUACUUUAGGAAAAGCACCUCCGUCUCUGAUGGCCGUUCAACAUUGCCACGGUUACGGUAACAACCAGUUGAUCAGACUGAACGCUAAAGGUCAACUUGGAGUCGGUGAGAGGUGCGUUGAGGCUGAUGGCCAAGGAGUGAAAUUGACAGUUUGUCGACUGGGAACUGUCGAUGGACCGUGGAUAUACGACGAGAAUACUCAUACAAUAUAUCAUAGGGUUCACAAAAAAUGCAUGGCUCUACAUCCGCAAAAUUCCCACCUCAGUCUGAUGCCCUGCGAUAUCAACAACGCUUACCAACAAUGGCUGUUCAAGCAAAUCAAACCCAAAUGAUCGAAAUCCGUAAUAGAAUUACUGUUGACAGUCUUGUUAGGUAUAAACAACGUUAAAUAAUACAAUAAUCAAAUAGAUCUUAUCUUUUUCGACUAAAACACAAAACAAGGUAGACAUUUUCGGAAACAGGCGUUAAAAUAUCUAUAGUAGAGGUAUUUUCAACAUAAUUUAUUGUUCAACUUUUCGGUGUCUUGUUUAGAUAACUCGUGUGUGAGUAUAACUCGACCUUUCAAUACGAUUAUAUGUAGCUUCAUCAGGAGCAGGAUACGUUGUUAAUCAUGGUAACUCCAGUGCCUCCAGUACGCAACGUAUUUGGAGGUGAAAACUACCAGAAGUUGUCCUGGUAUCUGUCUUUUCUACCUUCCCUUCUGAUAUAUUCAAUUUCCUGUUUCUUGUGCAUCAAAGAUGUAUUAGAUAUAGUGUUUUCCUCAUUCUACUAUGAAAGAACUCUGUUAACCUUUUCGCUGGGGAGCGACUGAGAGGAUUUGCAUCCCGUCGCUGCGGCGCUAAUAGAUGUCUUCCGCAGUGAAGCAAAUAUUUUUGGCUUUUAGGUUACAGUUGACUUAAUUGUCGGAAUUCUAUCAUUUGUUUUACUUUAUUAUUUUAUUUACACUGUUUAUUGCUAAUUCUAGAACUAUAUAUAAUAAAUAAUGUAGUAAAACAAAUGAUACGGUUCAUUUGUUCUUAGGGUUCUUCCAAUUCCGCCAUCGAAUAAUAUUUACCCCUUUUUGGUAGCGACAAUAUUCACUUUAAGGUACCAACGCAUUCGCAAUACUAAACACCUUCUCAGUUACUCCUCCUACUCAUCCCGCUCGAGGCACUUUAGGUGGGCGGUUCACGCCCAUUCAUUCAGAAAACAUCUGAUGACUUUAUAUUUUGUUUACGUUAUAUUUUGUUUAUACGCAAAUAAUCGCUAACCGCAGCGAAGCGGUUAGCCCUGUUGCAUAUAUGCGUUUCCCGCCCAUCUCGUGCACUACUGAAAUUACGCAAAUAUGCGGUUCCCGCAGUCAAAGGGUUAAGAAACGGGAGAGACCUUUUUGUUUGAGUAAUCACAUCCCCCUCUAAAAAUCUCUUAUUCUUUUUCCAGAAAAAUUAACAAAGUCGUAGAAAUACUGAAAUCCCGAGAAUAUAAACAGAGAAGAACGCUAUGUCCUGUUAACGGCGGGUAAUACUAGAGUCAUAAAAUCAGUCAUUCACUUUCAAGUCAAGCCGUUUUUGCUACGAACACCCUCUAACGACACCCUCCUUCGCGGAACCAACUUCGAAAAAUUACCAACACCAAAACAUCAUCAAGAUCAACAACCAGAGACCAGUCUAACAACGAGAAAACACUUCCUGAAGAAAGGAUAAGAGUCACCUAAACCUAAACACGACUCCCAGAAUACACAUAACCACUACAUCCCAAAGAACAAUUAUUUGUUGUCGCCCACCUGGAGUCAAACUCCUCAUUGUUCGUCUGAAUACGCCAACAGAGGAGUCCGGUAAAUGCGGCACCCAGCCAAAUGAACACGACACUGAUCGAUGAUCCAACCGAUCAUCUACAUCAGUGGAAUGGACAUCCUAAGUCUUGACGUCACAAAAUUGGGAGGAGCUUAUAUUUGACUCCAAACAAUGUUGUUUAUAAUGUUAAACACUCAUAAGGAAUUUUAAUUUAUUGUUUACGUGGUUUGUGUGACAAAAUAAGACUUCAUUUAGGUAUUUAGUUAAAGAAACGUGUCAAUUAAGAUAUUUUUAUUCGUUUUUGCCCAGGUGAGUUAAUUUAAUGCAAUGAUUAGAACGUAAACAGUUUUGAGGUUAUGUUUAUUUUUAACCACUAAGGAAUAAAAACCACCUGACCAAAAACGAAUAAAAAUCUCUUAAUUAACACGUUUUUUUUAACGAAAUACCUAAAUGAAGUCUUAUUUUGCCACCCAAAGCACAUAAAUGAAAAAUUCCUUAUGACCUUUUAACGUUGCAAACAAAAUUGUUUGGAGUCACUAUAAAGCUCCUCCCAAUUUUGUGACGUCAGACUUAGGCUGUCCAUUGCGAACUGGUUUCAGCGGAUUUACUUUGAUUUACAGUGCGAAAAUCUCUGAACAUUUGGUUUUCGCCUACAGUUGCGAUGUUCCUGAAGAAGCUACAUAUAAUUUUAUCGAUACAUUGAUUGGACCUACACAUACGGGUCAUCCAAACAAAACACGGUCCAAUCUCAGUUGACGAAUACCUAGAUAUUAAAUAUUAAAAAAAAACUUCGAGCUGUUAGUACGUGCAGAAGGGACCGCUUAUUUGUUGAUUCGUAUGAUCCUCUCCUUCUUGGCGAUCAGAAUAGCCAAAUAAGUGCGCCCCUAUGCACAUAUUAAAUGCUUGAACAAUAUUUUGGCUGUUGGGGUAUUUUUGUCUUUGUAGAGAGUGGCUGGAAGACUCACUUCAGAGUGAAUAGUUUAUUAAAUUGAUGGCUCUAGCUACAUUCUAAAUAGAAGAACAUUCCAAACGCAUCAGCAUAGCAUCUAAAAUGGAUAUGCGGCAUUAAACUGAACUUCACUAGGAUGACAUUUAUUAUGGAGUCUCAUAACUGGAUGAAGCCACAUUCCUUCACUGUUCUGUUCAAUUCUCCUUCGUUAGCUAUUGUUCAUAGUAUUGAAACAUUUAAAAACGAAGCUAUAUAUUUCUGAUGAGUUAGCGACAGAAAACUAGACCACAUUUUCUUUUAUAAUGUCCACCACAGUUGUAGAGGAAACAUCAGGAAGACAUAUUACCAGAUCGCGGCCUAUAAACCGAAAAUAAUACCAGUAUACACACUCACAUAACAUAAAGUGUGAAAGAUUAUUUCGAAAAGACAUUAACUCCAUUACGGGAAAAUUGCCAAUGGUUGGUAUUUACCAGAAUAUUAAACAAAAAAGUAAUAUAAAAACUUUUUGUGUAAGGUAUAUUUAUGUAAAAAUAUCCAAAAGGAUUUUUUUAAAUUCAUUAAAACUUUUUUGGUCCCAUUAGAUCAUCAUCAGUAUCCCGAGAAGUAAUUCCACUUAAAUUACUAUUAGACCAGGGCGCAUCUGUAAAAAUAUUAGUACAUUUGGACGUUGAGAGGUGACUCAAAUUUUUUGCAGAAAUUGCUUGAAAAUAACUCAAAUAAUAAUAUUUGAGUUAUCCUCCCUCUCAAAAAGAUCCGGAACAUUGUUUAAAUAAUCAAAAUGUCAAAAAAUUAAGGAAAAAUUCGAUUUUUUUCUUGGUUUUUUGAUUAUAACUUUAAAAGUAUUCAUUUCCGAGAAAAGUUGUACAAACAUAAAAGUUGCAUAAUUAAAUUUCCUACAAUAUAGAAUUGGUUAAAAAUUUAAAAAAUAGUCACCCUUGUUGCAAAAUAGCAAUAAUUGCGAAAAAAACAUGCAAAAAUAAGUAUCCGCAUUUUACGUUUUUCAACCAUUUAUGCUACACUUAAGACCUUCAUAUUUUACCCAGAAAAACUAUAUGCUACAGUAAAAUAAUACAGUAAAUUUCAUUAAGAUCGGUUCAAUAGAUUUUGCAAAAUAGAUUUUGUAAUCCAGCUUUCGCAAAAAAAAUCAUUUUUUCAAAAUGUUUCAGGACUGAAAAUAAAGGAGAUAGCAAGUUGAAAUUUUAUUUGCAUAUAGAAGUGAACCGUACCUUUCAUUUGCAAUUUUGCAAAAUUAAAAUCGAUUAACACCACGGUGUCAGGAUUUUUUUUAAAUAAACAUUAAUUAUUGGUGCUACGCGCAGGACAGCGGAUAUUUUGCUCUGAUUGGGCAUUCCAAUGACCUUUGAUAAUGAUUGAUACAUUUUAAUUUUUAUUACAUUUCGAUAUAAAUAAAUAAAUUUGUUUAUUUCAAAAUAAAAACACAUACUCUAUCCUUUAAAAUAACACUUUUUUAGCAAAAACUUUCUUUGUUCAUAUAUUUUAACUUAGAGAAUAAAAGUAUAUUAUUUUUAAAUAUAUGCAAUUGUUUAAACAAUAUUUCACAAACAAUAAUAAAAUUAGUUUGAUUUUUGUAUAAUUAAAAUACAACAAAAUAUAGAGUAAGAAAAUAAUAUAUUAGAUAGAGAUUGGAAUAAAUUUUGGUGGAAAUCAACUUGUGUGAAUCGAACACCGCUGUCCUGCGCGUAGCACCAAAAAUUAAUGUUUAUUUAAAAAAUUUCCUGACGCCGUGGUAAUUAAUCGAUUUUAAUUUUAAAAAUUGCAAAUGAAAGGUAUAGUACACUUCUAUAAGCAAAAAAAAUUCAACUUGCUAUCUGCUUUAUUUUCAGUCCUGUAACAUUUUGAAAAAAUGAAUUUUUUUUGCGAAAGCUGGAUUGCAAAAUUUAUUUUGCAAAAUCUAUUAAACCGAUCUUAAUGAAAUUUACAGUAUUGUUUUACUGUAUCAUAAGGUUUUUUUGGGUGAAAUAUGAAGGUCCUAAGUGUAGCAUAAAUGGUUGAAAAACGUAACAUGCGAAUACUUGUUUUUGUAUGGUUUUUUCGCAAUUGUUGCUAUUUUGCAACUAGGGUGACUAUUGUUUAAAUUUUUAACCAACUCUAUAUUAUAGGAAAUUUAAUUACACAACUUUUAUGUCAGUGCAACUUUUUUCGGAAAUGAAUACUUUUAAAGUUAUAAUCAAAAAACGAAGAAAAAAAUCUAAUUUUUCCUUCAUUUUUUGACAUUUUGAAUGUUUAAACAGUGUUCCGGACCUUUUUGAGAGGGAGGAUAACUCAAAUAUUAUUAUUUAAGUUAUUUUCAAGCAAUUUCUGCAAAAAAAUUUGAGUCACCUCUCAACGUCCAUCUCAAAACAGAUGCGCCCUGGACUAUAUAAAAACUGUAAAAUUUUGACUGUGGCAAAAUAAUUUGGUUAUUACUUAUUUCAUAAAAUGUAUAGCUAUAAAAACUUUCGUUUUACAAAUAUUGGGAAAAACCAAAAAACUCACAAUCUUGUAAAAAUAAUUAUUUUCUCUUUAGUGUAAUGCGACCGGUUUCGAUGUUUUUCAGUUUUACAUCAUUAUCAGGCCCAACACUCUCAUGUAAUAGAGUUAUAAGUUGUGGUGGUUGAUAAACAAGUCAAGAUCGUAAUUAUGUAAAAUAUGAAAUAUUUCUAAAAUAUGGAAGAAUAUGUUAAAAUAUGAAAAGCAGACUGGUCAAAUUUGGGUGAUGAAUAUCAGUGCACCUAUUAUUUUCUUCCCUUUUAUGAUUCGAUCUGAUUUCUAAUUCUAUGCGUCCAUUUCUUUCCAUCUUUGUUCCCAAAUGGAUAUAUUCGGAACAUGACGAAAUUACCUUUCCAUCUUCUAUGUUUAGUUCACCUCCUACGCACAUUUUUUUCGUUUUUGUUGAAUUAGCAUUAAGAUCCAUCGCUCGUAUUUUACGCUUUGUCUUGAAUUACAGAUCUUUCUGUUCCUGUACGAUGACUACUUGAUCGUGCGCGAAAUGAAGCGUAUAUACAGUUGUUUCGUCGUUUAAUAGUAUACACAUUCCAGACGAUGAUCUCCUGUAUUGCUUCGUUGCCACAUUCAGGUAGAUUUUGAAGAAUAUUCGAGAUAAACGGUAGCCAUGUCUCUCAUUUACCCUAAAAUUGUCUUAGAACUGGUUGUUAAUCUUCAUUUUUGAUCGAAGAUCGUUAUAGAAUCGUAUUAUUGCUUUUACAAGUACUAUAUUAAUAGAUAAGCUUUCCAGUACUUGGCAAGUCUACAGAGGGGUAUUGUCAAGUCAACAAAUAAUAGAUGAGUCCUAGCUAUUCUUUUUCAUUUAAUUGGAGUAAAAUGUAGAUGUGGUCGAUUAAAGACCGUCAAACUCUAAAUCCUGCUUGCUGUUCCAGCUCAAUUGAUUCAUAUUCGUUUUCGGCUAUGUUUUUCAUAACUUUUCCGUACAAUCUACAGAGUGCUGGUAUCUGAGAUGCAGCAGUAGUUCUUCUAGUCUGCCUUAUCCCCUUCUUUGCGGAUCUGUGUAAUUCAUCCUUCUGUCCAGCUUUCAGGUAUAUUAUUCCCGUUUAGGUAGGUAUCUAUGAAAAACUUCUGUCAGCAUGUUAAUUAACGUUAAUGUUACAUUUUUCAAAAGUUCAGCAGGGAUUCCUUCUUGUCCACAGGGUCUUUUAUGUUUCGUGGUUUUUAUAAGUUUGGUAGAUUUUAUCACAUAUAUUCCUUUUGCAAUUGAGGUACUCGUUAGUUUACAUUUGCUGUACCCAUAUGGUAGAAAUACAAGGGUAACUUGUUUCAACUACAGUCUCAAGCUGUUCCCUUACGCUUGAAUUUAUAAUGAUAUACAUUAUGUCGUAAGUUUAAUUCAAGAGUUAAAAAGUAAAGUUAACUCAUUUACGCUUAUACAUUAUGUGAUAUCAGUAUUUACCUGAUGAUUUUCAGAAACAAUUAAAAUUUCACCUCUUUUAUUAAAUUGAAUUAUUUGCUUUUCAAGACUGGCUUGUAAUGGUCUGAUAGGCCUCAAACGUUUUGAUGAUAAAUCAAUAAUCCUUUUGGAAAUUUUUACAAAAAUAUACAAUAAUUUACAAAAAUAAAUUUUUAUAUUAAUUUUUUUUUAUUUUGAGAAGACUUUUAAAAAAGACAACAUCCGAGACCUAAUUGACUUUAACUCCACAACACUUUAUAAAAUACAGUGUGUUUUGGAAAAUUUGUAAUAAAACAGGAAAAGAACACAUUUAAGACUACUUAGCACAAUUCUUCCUCUGUUUGUUGUAAUAUUAUUUCAAAUAAAUGUUACGGUAAUUCUACAAAUUGCUCAUUCAAGUUGAUGUCAUUGACUCGGUAGUAAUAAUGAUUUUUGUAAAUAAGACAGGGUAAAUUGAUCAGUCGUUGUUGAUAUUGAUAUUCAUCCACGUUUGUUAAAUAUUAUUUUAUUGUAAAUUUUUUUGAUGGAUAAGAAUGGUUUUAUAUAUUUAUAUUUUACUUCUAAUGUAUGAUCUAUUAUUUAUUAUUUAAAUAUAUACUUGAUGGUAUAA